CCAUUACCAAGAAGUAAAACCUGAGAUCGAACAUGGCGGAGGAGAACAACAAUCGGAAAUGGUUAUUUACAAAGUACCUUGAGCAUCAAGGCGAGUGGUUAGAGAUUUCCAGAGGGAACCUAUUGGUUGUGGCCACUGUCUUAGCCACGAUCAGUUUCCAAGUGGCAGUGAAUCCACCGGGCGGCGUCUGGCAACAGGACGACGGAUGUGGCCCCGCCGGACAUAACUGUACGAGGAUCGCCGGAACAUCCGUGCUCGAGAACUCCAAGUUUGGCUCCAAAGAUGCAAUCUUCCAUGAAUUAGUCACCCUCUGUAUGGUGUCUUUCACUCUCUCCAUGGCCACUAUUUACAUCCUCCUCUUGGGUUUUUCAUUCAGGAGCAAACUUGUGGCGAUAUUGGUCUUCGGUAUGAUGGGUGCCGCGGUUGCCACAAUGGUUGUGGUGUUCAAGCAUUCGCUUAAGUUGAUCCACUCGAACAAUGCCUCUAUUCAAUCUAGAUUGUUGAUCUACGACUGGUUUUGCUUUUUCAUCUUUGUAGUAUUCCCCAACGUGUUUGUUGCGUUCUACUUUGCAAUAUUACGUUGUAGAAGAAGGUCAAACCGUUAUUCGAGACCUUCCGACCAGUCACCGUCGUCCAAUGCUUGAGAUACGUAUCGAGUUUUACGUACAAUGUCUGAAAACUUGUUGUUGGGGCGUGUUAGUAAGUCUGGUUCGAGCCUUUGGGAAAACUACGAAACGAUAAAUCUACGUCGUCAAGAUUUGU